GAGCUUCACAACCCACUUCGACGUUCAACCAGGUCACCAAACGAGCCGCAGAUAUACGUCGACUGCGUCCUACGACUUACUCGGAGCGAUACUUCCCUUCCCCAGAUCGCCCACACCCGCCACGAUGCCUGACGUAGUGGAUCCCCGCAUGAUCUCGGUGACGCCUAGGAUAAGAUACAACACCAUCGGCGGUGUCAACGGUCCAUUGGUUGUUCUCGACAAUGUCAAAUUCCCCCGAUACAAUGAGAUCGUGUCCUUGACGCUGCCUGAUGGCACAGAGCGCUCUGGCCAGGUCCUCGAAGCUCGAGGAAACCGAGCCGUCGUUCAGGUUUUCGAAGGCACAACGGGCAUUGACGUCAAGAAGACCAAAGUCGAGUUUACUGGACACAGCUUGAAGCUCGGUGUGUCCGAGGACAUGUUGGGUCGUAUCUUUGACGGCUCAGGAAAGGCCAUCGACAAGGGCCCCAAGGUGCUCGCAGAGGACUACCUCGAUAUCAACGGCAGCCCGAUCAACCCAUACUCUCGAGUAUACCCCGAAGAGAUGAUUUCCACCGGUAUCUCCGCUAUUGACACCAUGAACUCGAUUGCCCGUGGCCAGAAGAUCCCCAUCUUCUCCUCGUCUGGUCUUCCCCAUAACGAAAUCGCUGCGCAGAUUUGUAGACAAGCUAGUCUGGUCGGAAAGCCUACAAAGGGCGUACACGACGACCACGACGACAACUUCUCCAUCGUCUUCGGUGCCAUGGGUGUCAACUUGGAGACCAGUCGCUUCUUCACCCGAGAUUUCGAGGAGAACGGCAGUAUGGAGCGUGUUACUCUGUUCUUGAACUUGGCCAACGACCCCACCAUCGAACGUAUCAUCACUCCCCGUCUUGCCCUCACCACGGCCGAAUACUACGCUUACCAACUCGAGAAGCACGUCUUGGUCAUUCUCACCGACUUGUCAUCCUACUGCGACGCUCUUCGUGAGGUGUCCGCCGCCCGUGAAGAAGUCCCCGGUCGUCGUGGUUACCCCGGUUACAUGUACACGGAUUUGUCUACCAUCUACGAGCGAGCUGGUCGUGUUGAGGGUCGUAACGGCUCCAUUACUCAGAUUCCCAUCUUGACUAUGCCCAACGACGAUAUCACACAUCCCAUCCCCGACUUGACAGGUUACAUCACAGAAGGCCAGAUCUUUGUUGACCGCCAACUCUAUAACAAGGGCAUCUACCCCCCCAUCAACGUGCUUCCCUCCCUGUCCCGUCUCAUGAAGUCUGCCAUCGGUGAAGGCCGCACGCGGAAAGACCACGGCGACGUUUCCAACCAGCUGUACGCCAAAUACGCCAUUGGCCGUGACGCUGCCGCCAUGAAGGCAGUCGUCGGUGAGGAGGCCCUGUCCUCAGAAGACAAGCUCUCACUCGAGUUCCUCGAGAAAUUCGAGCGUUCCUUUGUCGCCCAGGGCGCCUAUGAGUCGCGCACCAUUCACGAGUCCCUUGAUCUCGCAUGGUCGCUACUCCGUAUCUACCCCAAGGAAUUGCUCAACCGUAUCCCAGCCAAGGUUCUGGACCAGUACUACCAGAGGAGUCGGGGUGGCGAAGACAGGAAGAAGAAGGACACCAAGGAUACGAGGGAUAACUCGGGUGAGGGCCAGCAACAGGAUGGAGAGCAGGGUGAGAAUCUGAUUGAUGUCUAAGGGUGUAGUCGGUAGUGUAGAGUAUAUAUCUGGUUUGCGAAUAGAUCGAUGCAACAGCCUCGUUCAAAGAGCGUCAUGGACGUCAUGGAUUCUUGUCAAGUACAUAUCAAACUGUUGAACUUUGCCCCAUUCCGAGUUUAUGAUCAGUCGCGUCGUGUGCACGCCAUAUCUGGAUCAAGCACAUGGCAGUGACCCACGUCAAAUCCCUGCCUCGCCUGCUACUAGUGUCAACUCCUGAAAGCCAAACGUAUUAAAAAAGACUCUUUUCUCAUUAGGUGUGAGAGAGUAUGCUACCAGCUCGUCCUCCUGGGUGUCAGAGUUC